GAAGGAGAGACCAAGAGAAAUCAGAGACCACGCCUUAGGAGCCGGUCGGCGCCUGCGUGGUUCCGCCUAUCGAGCACGCUUUCCACCGUCAGCUUUUGUCCGCAGGGACGAUGAUAUCGUCCGUGACACCGUACGCGAACGCACUACCGAGCUGGAUCCCAUUCGUACGGAUCUCAUUCGAUCACGCAUUACGUACACUUUACCGAGUUGUUAUAUUUUUAUUAGCAUUUAUACACACACAGAUACACGAUCUAUAAGUCAUUUAUUUAUAUUUAGUUCGCGCGUCCAAAUUCUAUUAUACGACGGUAUAGAUUCGGUAUAGAUAUAUUCUUUUUCAAGAUAAUAUAGUUCUUUUUUUUUAUUAAUUGCGAAUAUUGACCCUUCGAUACUGUGUGAAUUUUAUUAUUAUUUAAUAACAAGUCAAAAUUCUUCUGCUAUCUCGAGAGAAGUCUUUAUUGUUGUUUGUCGUCUGUAAUCCAGGUGUUACUUGAUAAUUGGUUAUCAUCCACAACGAAGAUGCAAAGAUAUCCACGUGAGCGACUUUGUUACUUUGAUAUCUGAAGAUUAUUUACAUUGGCAUACAGCUGGCACUACUUCGUUCAAGAUAAAAUGUUCUACGAACGAUCUAUGAUCUAAUGAUUCUAUUUCCGAUGAAUGAAAUGUUGUUAACCACUACGAUUUUUCAAGAUACUGUAAGAUUAUUUUUCAAAUAUUCUUUGAAGAACGCAUUUGAACGAUACGAAGAAGAUAUAGAGGAUCUCGAUAGAAGAUUAAAUUCGAUGAGUGAAGAUUAAAAAGAAAAAUUAAACAAAAAAUACGGACAAUUCGAGGAAGAAAUUGUAAUAACACGCGGACUGAUUCGCGCGCUUUCGUGCGCCAUUGGAUUCGCGCUAAGGGCGCGAAAAUCCUACUAGUUCCGCAAACUUGCGGAGGAGAUCGGGAAAGUGUUGUUCAGCCACGAGUCCAGGAUUCUCACCCCCGGAGGCGGCACCAUCUCGCCCGGGGGCGCGGGGCCACCCGCGAGCCCUUCUUCGGGACACUAUCGUCAACAAACGCACAGUCCACCCUUGGUCAAGAUUGGAUCUGUUCACGCGCAUCAAACGAACAACCAUCAGCAUCAACAUCUUCAACAACAGCAACAGCAGCAGCAACAACAACAACAACAGCAGCAGCAACAAACGCAGCAGUCGUUGCAGCAACAACAAACGUCGAGUCAAUCGCAAGUGCCUGGUGGGGCAGGGGGUGGAGGGCCGGGGGGUGGGACGGUGGCCAGGGCCGGAGGAAUGUUCUGCUACCACUGCCCCCCUGGUCUUCCGGCACCAAGACUUCCACCAUCUUUGGAGUAUCCCUUCGCACCGACUCAUCCUUAUACAAGUUAUUCGGCUUAUCAUCCAGCUUUGCACGGAGUCGGUGAGGAUUCUUUCGUAAGAAGAAAACAACGAAGGAAUAGAACGACCUUCACUCUUCAACAAUUAGAGGAACUCGAAUCAGCCUUUGCACAGACUCACUAUCCAGACGUCUUUACGAGGGAAGAUCUAGCGAUGAAGAUCAACCUUACGGAAGCAAGAGUCCAGGUUUGGUUUCAAAAUCGUCGAGCAAAAUGGCGGAAAAGCGAACGACUGAAAGAGGAACAGAGGAAGCGAGAGGGUGGAAAUGGUGGUGCUGGAGGAACAGGAGGAGGAGGUACGGGAGGAGGGGGCGCUGGAAGCGGUGGAGCCUUGGAAACCUCAGGAUUGGCACCACCAGCUUCUUCGUCCGCUGGUCCUAGUCCUACUGGUCACGAUCCUGAAGGUACAACGAGUAGUAGUGCUGCUGAUGCCGAGGACGUAGGUCCAGAGGGUGCAGGUGGUUCGAGAAGCCCAAGUACAACAUCCGCCUCGGUCAGUCCCCGGCCCCAGCCGAGUCAGCCGUCCCUGGGUGGCGUCUCGACGCCACCACCGACCCCUAUAAGGGCGCCGCCACCACCGCCGAGCACCGUAGGGGGCUUGGGACCACCCGCUGAGAGCACUCCUGGAUUAGGAGCAGGCUUUAGGCCAGUGGAACCACCGACCUCGCUUUUCUUCUCGCCACACUUAGCUGCACAAUUUUCACCGCCACUAUUUGGUAGUAAAGUUGUAAGCAGCACGCCAACAUCGUUGACCUCUACGACACCUUCUCUCUGGAGUACGAGCGAUCAUCGACCGGGUAGCUUGCAAGAAAUGUUGUCUUGGUCACCAGCAGGCUGGCCAGGUUCAUUGUGUGGCUGCUGCAAACCUGGUACAGGUGAUCUUCAUCGUAGCAGCAGUCUCGCUGAAUUGAGAAGAAAAGCUCAGGAACACUCGACAGCCUCAGCAUUGUUAGGCGGACUAGCUGGUUUUCCUGGUGGUUUACCCUUGCCCUUACAUCUACCCUUACUGCCACCUCUCUUAGGUCUAUCCAGAAGACCUGAAAAUCAUCAUCAUCAUCUACCAAGCGUCGCCCAUCAGAUUCAACCAACAACGAAAGAGGAUCCCUAGGAUCAUCUGAUCGUAGAUCUUUCUUUGAAUCUAAUAUAUCCUACCUACGCGCGCGUUUUCUUGAUAACUCGAACCAACUUAGCGGUUUGUCGGAUAACGUCGGGUUUUUCACUCGGAAUUUUAUCGAAUUUUUGCCAAAUACGAUGAAUUACGUCGUUGAUACAUUUUUGUGAUUGUUCGAAAAUACUUUACAAGCACGCUCGAGAUUUAUAUUAUAUAUAUAUAGCGUCGAUUUGCAUUUAUCCUCGAACCCCGUUAGCGUAUUCUUUGUUUCUGUUCAUAUCUUCUUUUUUUUUGUCUCGUUAAUUGCAAAUGUAGAUGCAUUGUUAAAGUUAUAUAGAUUAGGUGCGAAAUCAAACUACGAGAACUUCCAAAUCGUCUUCGUAAUUUCCCGUCGUUCUUUGAAAACAUUAUCGGAUUUAUAAAUUUUGUUCAAAAAGUAGUCCACUCGUUUUGUGUUUAUGCGGGAAGUUAUUUCGAUUUUUAUUCAAGCACAAAAUCCGAUAUUUUCGCGACUAAAUGCAAUUGUACUUUGAAUAUUUUCUAACGAUAGCAGAUUAACGGUGAUGUGUCUGAGUAGCCGUGUACUGUUUGCAUUUGUCAGCUGGAACUAACGAAAAAUUAGAGUACUCGAGUUUUUCGUAGAAAAUUUCUACUGUUUUUUCGUUUAUACUUACACGAAAUAACAUUUGUUUAAAAUCGUAUCACCGUCCGUAAAGCAACAAUGAUACGACGACCAAACUAUCAUACGAUGAAAAGAUGAAAUAUUAGGUAGUCGUAAAAGUUUAUUUAAAGUAUAAUUCAAUUGUAAUUAAUAUAAACCAAUAUUUCAUCGAUGUGACAUUAUUAUAUUUCAUUGUGAAUUUAACGCAAUCAAAUUUUUACGUAAUAAGAAAAUAAAUAAUAACGUUAUAUAAUAUUUUUAAAUGAUCGUUUGAUAGAAGAAUUUGCGACAGAAUAAGAAAAUAAUGAAACGAAUGUGUGUACGAUAAAAAUGAAAAAGAAGUGAGAGAGAAGAGGACAUUGUAGCGCUGCGAAUGUGUCAUAUAACAUAUUUGCUUUAAAUUUUAUUUAAACAACGCAACAAAUUGUUAAUCUCUAAGAAUUAUCGACAUGCGUUUGAUACGCCGCAUUAUUUAUGAUAAUUUCAAAAUCGUACGAUAAACUCGAGUACUGGAAAAUAUCAAAAAAUGUAGUCUUGUCGAAAAAAAAAAAAAAAAGAAGAAACAAGAAAAGCAAUCAAAACAAACGGAUCGAAGUUAAAACGUUUGAUUCGAUUUAUACGACUACUCGUAUCAUGCCUUAAUAAAAAGAGAGAGAAAAAAAAAGAAAGAGAAAGAGAAAUAUGCGAUGAUCUUUGUCGACGAACGAUAUAAAAGUGAAACGAAAAAAAAAAAAAAAUAAAAAGAGAGGAAUACCUCUUAGCCGUUAUUCUGAAUUUCGUGAGUACAGCGUAGAGGCCAAAAAGAAAUACGUAGCUAACCCAUAGAGACGUGUAUAUUACCUCCUGAUUAAGUGUCAGUGCUAAUUAAAGAUAGUCUAAAGAAAAACUAUGUUACGAGCUAGCGAUUAUUAUGUAGUGUAUGAACCUGUGGUAGUGAGAUAUUCGAAUAAACUUGUUCUCUCGUGAUAAA